AAAAACCAGCCAAUGUUAAGCUGAUUGUUCCCUGUGCUGUAAUGCAGGAUCUGGAGGAGUCGCUGGAUGAGUGGGAGCUGAGUUUAAAGGAGCUCAGCAACAUGAAAUCAGACUUAUGUCAGUAUAUCCUGGCUGGGGAUGGAGUGGUUCUGGAGAAGCAGAUAGAGGCUCUGCAUGUGCAGUGGGAAGAGCUGUGCCUCCGGGUGUCUGUCCGGAAGCAGGAGAUAGAGGACAGACUGAAUUCUUGGAAUGUGUUUGAUAAAAAGAAUAAAGAGCUGUGUGAAUGGCUGACGCAAAUGGAAAGCAAAGUGUUGCAAACUGCAGAUGUCAACAUCGAAGAAAUGAUAGAGAAGCUUCAGAAGGACUGUAUGGAAGAAAUUCAUCUAUUCAGUGAGAAUAAGCAUCACUUGAAACAAAUUGGUGACCAGCUGAUCAUUGCAAGCAACAAGGCGAGAGCUACAGAAAUUGACAACAAGUCCAAUAAAAUCGAUGACCGUUGGCGGCACCUCUUUGAUAUCAUUAACUCACGGGUGAAGAAACUGAAAGAAACACUUGUGAUCAUUCAGCAAUUAGACAAAAAUAUGAGUAACCUCCGCACCUGGUUGGCCCAGAUUGAGUCUGAAUUAUCCAAGCCUGUAAUAUACAGCAUAUGCGAUGACCAAGAAAUACAAAAAAAGCUUUCUGAGCAACAGAACCUACACCAAGACAUUGAGCUGCACAAUGCUGGUGUUGCCUCUGUGUUGAAUAUCUGUGAGCGUCUUCUUCAUGAUACUGAUGCAUGUGCAAAUGAAACAGAGUGUGACUCUAUCCAGCAGACGACUACGAGUCUUGAUAAACGGUGGCGAAACAUCUGUACAAUGUCCAUGGAGAGACGACUGAGAAUUGAAGAAACCUGGCACUUGUGGCAAAAGUUCCUGGAAGACUAUUCACGAUUUGAAGAGUGGCUGAAAGAGGCAGAAGUUAAAGCUGCUUCCCCAGAGUCCUCUGAAGUCUUAUACACACGUGCAAAGGAAGAACAAAAGGGGUUUGAGGCAUUCCAGAGACAAAUCCAUGAACGCCUUACUCAUCUUGAGUUGGUCAAUAAGCAAUACAGGAGACUUGCCCGUGAGAACCGUACAGAUGCAGCCAGUAAGCUCAAGCACAUGGUCCACCAUGGAAAUCAACGUUGGGACAUCCUCCAAAAAAGAGUGGCUGCAAUUCUCAAAAGGCUCAAGCACUUUACCAGUCAAAGGGAAGAGUUUGAGGGAACAAGAGACUCUAUCCUUGUCUGGCUUACAGAGAUGGACCUUCAGCUUACAAAUGUUGAACAUUUCUCUGAAAGUGACGUUGAAGAGAAGAUGCGGCAGUUAAAUGAAUUUCAGCAGCAGAUCACACUGAACAUCAACAAGAUAGAUGAUCUUAUUGUUUCUGGAGAGCACCUGAUACAGAAAAGUGAGACGAUGGAUGCAGUGGUCAUUGAAGAAGAGAUAGAAGAACUGCUCAGAUACCGUCAAGAAGUUUUUGGGCGGCUGUCUCGAUUCCACCAAAGACUGACCUCUAGAAAUCUGCUGUUAGAUGAAGAAAUUGAAACCUCUGAGAAUGAUACAGAUGCAGAAGAUUCAAGAGAGAUACAAAACUCUUCAUGGCAUUCACCAAUCCAUGGAGCGGACACUUCUCACCCGUCCAUGUGCCACUUGAUGCCUCCAACCCUUCCCCAUGAGAGAUCUGGCCGUGAAACUCCUGUCAGUGUGGACUCAAUUCCACUUGAAUGGGACCAUACUGGUGAUGUUGGGGGCUCUUCUUCACAUGAAGACGAUGAAGAAGGCACUUACUUCACUGCUUUAUCAGAUGUAGAAAUUCCAGAAAAUCCAGAGGCAUAUCUCAUAAUGACCACCAAAUCUGUACAGGAAUCUUCUGGUCAACCUGAUGUCAAAGUUACUCCUUGGCAUUCUCCUGGCAAACGGAGGUCUCACAGAAAGCAUGAGAAGGGGCCACGCACAGCUACAACGGGAACAAACACAACCUUUGAUUUGUCUGCAAUGAUGCCUAGCACUGCUGGUAUAGAAGACGGCCAACAUAUAGCAUCAAGUACUGAAAAUGAGCAACUUAAGAACCAGGGUCUUUCCGGUAUAGCAAGUCCAGAGACAGAUUUCCUGCACACAGGUGUGAACGAGCGAUGGGAAAUUAUCCAGGCUCAACGCCGCGGUGAUGAACUGCGAAUGAAGCAAAACCUACAACAAUGGCAGCAGUUAAACUCAGACUUGAAUGAUAUCACUUUGUGGCUGGAUAAGACGGAGACUGAUCUCGACAGUAUGAGUAAAGUGAAGCCAGCAUGCACCAUACAAGAACUCAAACAGAAAGUGAUUAAGCUUAAGGAUACACUGAGAGCGUUUGAUAACUUUAAAGCUCUAGUGAUCUCCGCAAACCUUGGCUGUAAAGCACUCCAACAUGAAAAUGAUUCAGAAUCUGGGAAUUUACUUAACAGACUUCAUGGGGUGACUCUACGCUGGGACAAAGCAUGCCAUGAGAGGGACAAAUGGACGGAGAGUUUGCAGAGGGAGCUCAUGCAAUGUGAGGAUGAGCUCUUAUAUAAAACAAAAACAGAAGAGAGGAGACUGAGAAAUCAAGUGACAGACUUCACUGUGGACCCAGAUGUACUUCUGGAAAGACAAAAGGAGCUAUUGCAACUAGAAGAUCGCCUACUAGGACUGCAAGGUCAAGUCAACACUUUACAAGACAUUUCCGGUUGCCUGCUGAAUAAAAGGGCAGGGGAUGAGCACACCGAAGCCAAUGAGAAGGUUCAUGUGGUGAGAAUAAAACUGAAGCAGCUACUGAAUGGGGUUUCUCAAGAGUUGCAGACUGUUCAGCAAGCCCUGGACUAUUCCCAACAACACGGAAUAGAUUCCUUGUAUUCAGGACCCUCAGCGAGUCAUGCUGAAGUUGACGCAGCAUCAAAAAGCACAGUGAGGAUUCCCGAACAGUCCAGCUCAGUCCUAGAGGUCCCCAAAACCCGCUCAUGGUUUUAUCGAGUGCUGAGAGCAGCUUUUCCAUUCCAGCUGUUGUUGUUUCUGAUGUUGCUCCUUGCAUACAUGAUCCCAUUCUCAGAAGAAGACUUUAGCUGUGCACAUGCAAACAACUUUGCCAGGUCAUUUUAUCCAAUGCUCAGAUAUACCAAUGGACCUCCCCCAACAUAACAAGCAGGAUAAUCAAGUGGACUUUGUGAAUUUCCAAAUCAGCAAAGUGACAUUUCAUCAGUGUCCCUAGCCAGACCUGAACACUAUCAUGUAGGAUUCCUUUAAACCAGGGGUCCCCAACCUUUUUGACUCGUUGGCCACAUUGAAAUGUAAAAAAGAGUUGGGGAGCAACACGAGCAUGAAAAACAUUCCAGGAAGUGCCAUAAAAGGGCUGUGGUUGGCUAUUGGUAGCCUCUAUGUGGACUGACAGCCUACAGGAGUCUCUGUCUGGUUUUUAUGCAAGCAAAACUUGUUUCCAAGCCAGGAAUUCAAAAACAAGCACUUACUUUAAGGUCACUCGGAGCAACAUCCAAGGGGGUAGGUGAGCAACCUGUUGCUCGUGAGCUACAGGUUGGGGGAUCACUGCUUUAAACCAUCAAUUGUCUGCCAGCAGUGCUCUGAGAAAAUGGCCCUAACAAGCUAAUAGUGUUCUGCAGGUCCAUAGUAACUUUAUACGUGGUGGCCAGUCACACGGAUAGCCAUGUUACAUACUUAGCAAAGCAAUAUCAUGUUUGUUUUUCAUUUCCAUUGUUUUAUGUACACGAAUCUACGGAGAUUUUAAUGCAUGGACAUGACUGUAAUGUGUUUUUAUUUAGGCAAAAUUGUAAUAUUUUAAUUACCGUAUAUACUCGAGUAUAAGCCGAGGUACCUAAUUUUACCUCCAAAAACUGAGAAAGCUUAUUGACUCGAGUAUAAGCCGAGGGUGAGAAAUGCAGCAGCUUCUGGUAAGUUUCAAUCAAAAAAUUGAGGGUUUCUGCAUUGGAGGUGCCGGCGUCUCGUUUUUGGAUGCUGGCGACCAUUCUUGGACGCCCGU